GACCAUGAGGCAGGUUCUGUCUCUGAUCAGUUCAGUGUUGAGUUUGAGGUGGCGUCUGUAUAUUCCGAAGAUUAUAGUCCUAGUGGAGGAGAAGAAAGUCUGUCAAAUGACAUGGAUAAUGAGGUUUACCAGGUGACUAUGUACCAAGAUGAAGAAUCAGGAGACUCUUUGGACGAGGAGAUGGAGAUUUCUGAAGCUGAUUACUGGAAGUGUUCACAGUGUGAUGAGAUGAAUCCUACUAUUCCAAGAUACUGUAAAAGAUGUAGGUCUCUUCGUAAAGACUGUCUCCCAGACCAAAGUGAAGAGAAGAAUUUCCCCUUGAAAAGAAAAGGGAUUGAAGAUUCCCUGGAAGAUGUGGGCAUUGAUGUCCUAGAUGGCAAAAAGCCAAAACUGACAGAUAUGCAAGAUUCAGUUCUCGCAAGAAAAGAUGAUGAGGGAAUCCAGAGCUUUUCUCAGCCCUCCACAUCUUGUAGUCAGGAGGAGUACAGAGAUGGUGACCAAGCUCACCAGGAAAGUUUAGAAGGGAGCCUUCCACUCUCUAGUGUUGGACCUUGCGUAAUCUGCCAGACCAGGCUGAAGAAUGGCUGCAUUGUCCAUGGCAGAACAGGGCAUCUCAUGGCAUGUUAUACAUGCGCGAAAAAGCUUCAGAAGAGGAACAAGCCUUGCCCUGUAUGCAGACAACCAAUUCAAAUGAUCGUAUUAACCUAUGUCAGCUAGAAGGCAGGACAGAUGAAUAAA